GCCCCAUCUCACUGCUUCAGUAUAAAAAGACAUUUAACCCCCUCAGUAGGAGGGGCUUGCUGCAGGUAUUUCAGCUGGUAGAUGUUUAAGAAAAGAUCAAACCACUAGAGAGAAGUGUUUUUAAGAAUCAAAGAGAAGCUAUCAAGAGGAAGAGAAGACACAAACCAGAAAAACUGGUGCUAUGAAGUGGCUGGAGAUUUUUGUAUUACUGGGCAUGUGCUCACAGGCUGCAGCCCAAUCAGAUUUUAAAGUGUCUGUGUUCUCUGCAACAUCAAAGACUGUGACUCUCAGAUGGACCAGGUACUCUGGAGCCACUUCAUACCAGAUCACUGUAACAUCACAGAGCAAACUUGUUGCUUUUGCAUCAUUUGGCCCAAACACAGUGAUGGGCUCUGUUACCUCGCUGCCUCCAAACGUCAUGUAUAACUUCGAACUUGAAGCAGUGAGUGGUUCCCAAGUACUCAGCACUGCAUCAGUUGAAUCAUCAACAGCCCCUGAUAUGAUGGAGCCCAUUCUGACAGUGAAGUCACUGGAUAGCACAACCUUGACUGUGGAGUUUAACUUGAGAAACGGGUCGUCUUAUUACAUCAUACGUGUCGAGAACAGCAACGGCUUCUUCAGAGAGGUUACAGCGUCCUCCUCUCCAGCUGAGAUUCAGUCCCUCGCGCCGUACACUGAGUACUCGCUCAGCAUCAUGGCUGUGAACACCGCAGGCCGCAGCCAGCCCUCAAUUCCUGUAACUGGAAAGACAGAUUUGGCUCCUCCUCAGCUUUCGUCCUCCUCUCCGAGUAACAGCAGCAUCGUUGUAUCCUGGCACCCAGUUGCUCAUGCCGUCCAAUACACCCUGUCCAUAUGCAAGCUUGAUUCAAACACAAGCAUGGGCGUGUACAACACCUCCAACACCAGUUUGACCUUUUCGGGCUUGGAUGCUGGCUCACUCUACGUCAUAACUUGUUUUGCUUGGGAUCUCGAAGGUCGAAAGGGAGACAGCUCGAACAUUAAACAGGCUACACGACCUCAGACCCCAGCGUCUGUCAGUGUGUCUGUGGUGAUGAAUGGCAGUGUGGCUGGACUCUUGGUGUCUUGGGAGCUAGACCAGGAGGUCUAUGGACCCAUUGAGUACAAUGUGAUGAGUGACCUGAGCUUAAUUUGUAAGACCACAUCCAGCUCCUGCACCCUCUCAGCAGUGGGGUGUGGAGAGGUACACACCAUCCAAGUCACUGCCUCAAAUGAGGCUGGACCCAGCUAUCCAUCCAGCCCUGCAGUCUUCAUCACCUUCCCCUGCCCACCUCAGUCUUUGGCACUAGUGGAGUCUUCAGAAGGCAACUGCACUCUAACGUGGAAAACCGUGGCUCAUGCUGACAGCUACAUGGCCCUUAUCGAGACAGCUGGCAGCAGUGUGGAAACCUGCAACACCACCAGCAACAACUGCACCUUUCAUUGCCCGUGUGGGCAAACAUACCUCCUGUCUGUGCUGGCCUUCAACCACGCUGGCAGCAGUCCUCAAGGACAAGUUCUCAACUACACCACUUUGGUGUGUUGCCCAGAGGAUGUGUUAGUGUCAGCGGUGAGCACUGACACUCUGGAGAUCAGCUGGAAGCCCUCACGGGGGGCAGUGCUGUAUGAGACCCGGGCUGCACACAGUUCAGAGGUCAUCCUCUGUAAUGACACCGCACCGCUGUGCGUCCUCUCCGACCUCAGCUGUGACACUGCCUACAGUGUGGUGGUGAUUCCCUGCAAUGAUAUGAGCGGUUGCAACCGUGCUUGUAAAGCUCACACCAAAGACACAGCUCCCUGCAUGCCAAACAAUCUGAUGCUCAAUCCAAAGAACUCCUCCUGCGUCACUGUCAGCUGGAUGGCAAAUAACAGGGCCGCUAAUUACACUGUAAGCGCAAAUGGAGAUGAUGACAAACACAUCUGUAGCACCAAUGAAAGCAGCUGUGACAUCACCGACCUUUCCUGUGGCUCCACCUAUGAAGUAAGCGUCGAAGCAAAUAGCACAGCCGGUCAGAGUUUACCCAGCUACUCCGAGUUUCUAGAAACAGAACCGUGUUGCCCAGUGAAUCUGACGGUGGAUCAGGUGACCCAGGCAAUGACCAACGUGUCGUGGUCUCACGCCAAAGGGGCACGCUUGUUCAUCGCCACUCUGACGUCAUCACGCGGCCAUGCCCGCUGCCAUACCCAAGACUCCCACUGCCUCAUGGGAUGUAUCACCUGCAGCACCAACUACACUGUCACCAUGGAGGCAAUCAGCCACAGCGGACGCAGGUCCAACUGCACCUAUCAGGGUUUCUCAUCCAGUCCGUGCUGUCCGUCUGGUGUCAAAUUAUACAGCACGACCAGUAACUCUCUGCGGGUUUACUGGCGCAGCACUGGGAGCAACCACAGCUCCAUCGCAGAGAUGGUGGGGAGGAACAGCAACUACAACUGCACCGCAGCUCCCGGAGACAACAGCUGUGACUUCGGCAGCGUCCAGUGCGGGGACAUCUAUCGUAUAGUGGUCGCUCCACUCACACAAGAGGGCAGCAAAGUCCAAUUCUGCCCGGCGAGACUGUACUCGGUUACCUGUUUAGGAGACAACAUUGGCACAGUUAUUUACAGAGGGAAGAGAAGCGUGGACUAGCAUGUUUAGCAACAAAUG